UCUGAAUCCGCCUUGGUGAUGUCGGAUGAUCCAAAGCUGCAGGAAUUUACCCUAAAAGAGGACCACGAACUGAGGUUUGAGGUCGGCAGCACGGAGGUAGUUCUGGAAUUAGUCCAGGGAAGAGCAGAAGUAUUUGGAACUGAGCUGGAGAUGCACAAGAAGUACGCCUUUCCUCCAAAUACUCGCGUAGCUGUGUUCAGUUGGAAAGGAGCUUCUGUUGAAUUGAUUGGACCAACAAACAGUGCUUAUGUUGCUGAGCAUACCCCUAUGGUCAUCUACUUGAACACACAUGCAGCACUUGAGCAACUUAGGCAGCAUUCUGAGGAACAAGCUACAGUGGACGGUGUUGAGAAUCCGAAAGGACCACGAAUCAUAUUAGUUUCUGUGUAG